UAAUGGUAUUUAAUCCUCAACUUAUUCACUGAACGUAAUGAGAUGUAGCAAAUUAUCAAGAAGGCAGUCCAACAAGGACGUGACAGUGAAAAAUAUGUUGGGCAUAUAGUAGAACAAAGUGGCACAUAUUUUCAUAUACAUUCAUAUAGUCAAAAUCUGGUGAAUAUAAAGUGUCAACUUUAUUCUUGGAUUAGCGUUUAAUGCAAUUUAAAGCUGGAAGCUGAAUUAUCUCCCAGUGUGGUCGGGCAACAACUACUGACGUGUCACCAGUAGUAGUCGUCUCAUCUCCUUUGCAUGGAUCGACGGAAAGAUGUAAUUUAGAGAUGACGAGAUGAGGGUUUCCUAAAUUUAGUAAGAGUGUGUGUACGAUGUUGGAAAUAUGAACACAUGUUUUCUGAUAUCAAUCACCUUCUCAAGAUGUUCUAAAUAAAUGCCGUGUGGGUCUUUUUUAUGAACGAAAUGUUUCAUAUUUUCUCAGUUUAACACUUCAAUGAAGCAAAUUGCCAGCUCUGCUUACUUUUGUAUCUUCCUUGCACGUAUGUAAAUAUAGUCUACAGGCUUCCUCGCAUUCCCAUGAAACGGGAUUCAAAUAAUCAGUUACAUGCUGUUAGUUGCUGCCUGCGUACAAUGUGUGGCCGAAAUGGCGACAACAAACGGGUCUGUUAAUAUGAGCAACUCCAAGCUGAGAAAAGUAGAGUGUCUCGUGUGUCAAAAAGUAGCUUAUCCUCCUGUUAUGCAAUGCAAAAAUUGGCAUUUGGUGUGCAAUCAAUGUCGACCGAGCCUCAGUUUAUGCCCGGACCCGGAUUGCCAAGAGGAGAUUAAUUGUGCAACGAGAAGUGGUGUCAGUGAAAAGUUUCUUGAAAAAUACGUCGUCCGAUGCAAAUACUUUAAAGAUGACGGAAAAGGUUGCAUGGAAGCGUGGUUUAAGGACGAUGAAGAAUGUUUAGCAGCUCACGAAGAAAUUUGCAUCUUGAGGGAAGUGAUAUGUCUGGUGCCUUGUUGCAGCCAAAGCGUCCAAUUAACCAAAAUACUUGAACAUUUUGAAAAUGUUCAUUUCAUGACUCCGAAUGCUAAUUCAAAUAUUGAAUACAACGUGUCGGAAAUCAUCAUGCAGAGAAAAUGCAUAGUCAAUGAAACUUGUGGAGAUAAAACCUACAAAAACAUCCCAUCGUAUCUUCGAGAAGGCGAAGAUGUAUUUCUAACAGUUUUCCGGAUCUCGUCACUACGUCAGCCAAUUUUCGAGUUGUCGACGGUGGUUUACCCGUAUUACGCCACUUCAAGCCCAACAGUAAACCACAGCUGUAAAAUCACAGCCGCUAACCAAGAAGAUUCUAAUGCAUACUACAAGUGGGAAGGCCCCAUGUCUCAAAUAUUUCCGUUGACACCAGUAUUAAAAGUGCAAGACGAAACAGCAAAGCUGAAAUGGGACGUGUGUAUUGAGAUUGUUAGAAAGUCUUAAUUUGAGAGUCUCAAAUAAAUCAGUGCCUGUCUGUUGAAUAUGAAG